GCCAGCGGAGGUCUCGCGAGGCUUGGACGCUGCGGCGGUAGGAGGAGGACGGGGAAGGACGGAGCUCGGCCGCGGCUGCCUCCCUCGUUCACUCCCUCGCGCGCGCGCUCGCCCGCCCCCUCCCUCCCUCCCCUCCCUUUCCCCGGCCCCGGCCUCGGCCCAUUCGCUGCGCGCUCUCCGGCUAGGGAGGAUGUCGGGCUCGUCGCUCCCCGGCGCCCUGGCCCUCUCGCUCUUGCUGGUCUCUGGCUCGCUCCUUCCAGGGCCAGGCGCUGCUCAGAACGCUGGGUUUGUCAAGUCGCCCAUGUCAGAAACUAAGCUCACGGGGGACGCCUUUGAGCUGUACUGUGACGUGGUCGGGAGUCCCACGCCAGAGAUCCAGUGGUGGUACGCAGAAGUCAACCGGGCAGAGUCUUUCAGACAGCUGUGGGACGGUGCUCGGAAGCGCCGUGUCACCGUAAACACCGCCUACGGGUCAAACGGCGUGAGUGUGCUGAGAAUAACCCGGCUCACCUUGGAGGACUCUGGGACUUACGAGUGCAGGGCCAGCAACGACCCCAAGAGGAAUGACUUGAGGCAAAACCCUUCCAUAACAUGGAUUCGAGCCCAGGCCACCAUAAGCGUCCUUCAGAAACCAAGAAUUGUCACCAGUGAAGAGGUCAUUAUUCGAGAAAGCCUCCUUCCUAUCACCCUGCAGUGUAACCUCACUUCCAGCUCUCACACCCUUAUGUACAGCUACUGGACAAGGAAUGGGGUAGAACUCACUGCCACCCGUAAGAAUGCCAGCAACAUGGAGUACAGGAUCAAUAAGCCAAGAGCUGAGGAUUCAGGCGAAUACCACUGUGUAUAUCAUUUUGUCAGCGCUCCUAAAGCAAAUGCCACCAUUGAAGUGAAAGCUGCUCCUGACAUCACUGGCCAUAAACGAAGUGAAAACAAAAAUGAAGGGCAGGAUGCUAUGAUGUACUGCAAGUCAGUUGGCUACCCCCACCCAGAGUGGAUAUGGCGCAAGAAGGAGAAUGGUGUGUUUGAGGAGAUUUCUAAUAGCUCUGGUCGCUUCUUCAUCACCAACAAGGAGAAUUACACUGAAUUGAGUAUUGUGAAUCUCCAAAUCACAGAAGAUCCUGGAGAGUAUGAAUGUAAUGCCACCAACUCCAUUGGCUCUGCCUCCGUUUCCACCGUCCUCAGGGUACGGAGCCACCUUGCCCCACUUUGGCCUUUCUUGGGAAUUCUGGCUGAAAUCAUCAUCCUUGUGGUGAUCAUUGUUGUGUAUGAGAAGAGGAAGAGGCCAGAUGAGGUUCCAGAUGCUGGGCCAAUGAAAACCAACUCUACCAACAAUCACAAAGAUAAAAACUUGCGCCAGAGAAACACAAAUUAAGCACUGCUUUUAAUCUCUUUAGGUUCCUGAAAAAUGAUGGCAACAUGACCUGCUAAGUUUUCUGCUUGGACCUCUUUGGUCUCUCUCCCUUUCAAGUGAGCAACACCACAAUGACCGUCUAAAGCAUGCCUUAUUUAGCCUCUCCUAUAAGGGUGACCUAGCCAGGUACAUUUUAAACAAUGCUUCAGUGUAGAAGGUGUAAACUAUUUUGGGCUUGAUGUGCUGUGAAUGUUGCUUUCCCCCCCUUUGUUAAAAAUAUUUAAAUAGAAAUGAAAAGGUCCUCUGAGGAUCAGAUCAUGCAUGCGCCAUUUUUUACUUAUGCAGCUGUUAAAUUGGCAAAGCUCUAAACGCACUGCUGCCAUCUAGUGAUCAUUUUGUAAAGUACAGCAAAACCUACAGAUAUAUACAGUAUAUAAAUAUAUAUAUAUAUUUAUAUUUUUGGGGGUGGGAGAAAUCCAAAAUAAAGUCAACGCUUGUUUUCAUUUUAAGCUGCUGAUACUCAUUCCUUAUUAUUUGUCGUCAGAUGAGGAAGCUGCAGUUCUGGUACAAACUGAUGAGAGUAUAUAGACUUAAGUCUGUCAUUCUAAGGGCUUACCCUAUAACUUUAAGAACCUGGAACAGUCCACUGAACGGCUAGAAUGAAUUGCAGUAUAUAUGUAUGAUUGAUUGCUUUUUAAGUGACUAUUUUUCCUCUUGUCAAAUCAUGUAAAUUCUGAAAUCUUUUGCACUGAUGUGUCAAACCUUAUUCUUGUAUAUUCAAUCAAGGCAACUUUUAUAAUUUCCCAUUUGUUUUCAAUGACCCUGAAAUGUUAAGAGCAUGGUGAUACUCUAUGCAACUCUAGUUAUACCUUUUGGUUUGACACUGUAUUUUCACAUUAAUUUCAUGACUGAUGAUAGAUUUUAUAACCUGACUGGGUUCUCAUGCGGUACUAACUGUAGAUGCAUGUACUUGUGUUCUGUGUAAUUAUUGAAGUGCAAUGGUGUACAAAAAAAGUGGAUUCACCUGUUUUUAACAAUAAAACAUUGAUAAAAGGUG